ACCAAACACGCGUGCACUUUAGGCGCACGGUGGUCUAGUGAGCAUUAAAGUGUGCGCGUGGCGAGCGCUCAAAGCGCGUCAGUGACCGUUCCCAAAGACCUGCCCGCCCCCCUCAAAUAACAUUUCCAUAAGUCCACAGUGCACACAUGACGAGAAGGAUGCACGAGCACUGCAACAGAUCGCCUCAACUCACAUGCAGGUGGAGGAUGGGAACGGCUCGUGGCCAGGAGGAGUUUACACUGGGAGGACUUGAAGGAGCACCAAGGAUUUAGAAAACGGUGCCUUGGAAAUACUUCUCAUCACGGACUCGGACUCUCAGCCACCAUCACUGGAGAUAAAGCAACAGAACAGCACUUCUUAAUUCGGUGGUUGCAUUCUUUGCCGAAUGCACAUAUCGUCAUGUUUCCCAGGACAGCGUUUCUCCUCUGCGCUUACUCUGUUGCCGCCUUCUUCAGAGAUGUGCACGGUGUUGACCGUGAGGUGGUGUUCCCCGUGAGGCUCGGGGUGCAGAACGACCCGAGGGGGGGAUCCGAGGAGCGGUGUGUGGUGAAAAUACGCGCCUUCCAGCAGGAGCUGGUACUCGACCUGCAGCGAGACUCCAGUUUCCUCGCUCCCUCCGUGGUCUCUGCGCAGGACACUGUGCUGGUGAGCACUGACGUGACCCCAGAACUCAGCCGGUGUUUCUACUCGGGCUACGUCAACAAAGACCAAUAUUCCUACGCCGCGCUGAGCCUGUGCAGAGGGGUGCACGGCGCGUUCGGGUACCAGGGAUGGGAAUACUUCAUCAGUCCGCUCAGAAAUGACAGCGCCAACGACUUGGAGAGCGCGCACAGCGUGCGUCGCCGAGUCGCCAGCAGCAACUCCCUGCGAGGUGCCAACUCCACCGCGUCCAGGUGCGCGGUAGAGACCGAGAUCAGUGCCGAGGGCGCACAGUCGUUAGAGAAAUACAAGAACCUGAAAGCCAAACACAACGUGACCGAAGGCAUGCUGAAGCGACUCGGGCGCGCUAAGCGAUUCGCGUCCAUCCCCCGCUACGUGGAGACGCUGGUGGUAGCGGACGAGUCGAUGGUGGAGUUCCACGGGGACGACCUGAAGCACUACCUUUUGACCUUGAUGUCGGUGGCGGCGAGGCUCUACAAACACCCCAGUAUUCAGAACUCCAUCAGCAUCGUGGUGGUGAAGUUCGUUAUGAUCAACGAGGCCGACAAGGGACCCAAGGUGUCAGGGAACGCGGCCAUGACCCUGAGGAACUUCUGCACUUGGCAGAAAAAGAUGAACAAGAACAACGACAAGCACUCGGACUACUGGGAUACAGCCAUACUGUUCACCAGAGAGGACCUGUGUGGGGCCUCCACCUGUGACACCCUGGGCAUGGCCGACGUGGGCACCAUGUGCGACCCGAAGAGGAGCUGCUCGGUGAUCGAGGACGACGGACUGCCCUCCGCCUUCACCACCGCUCAUGAGCUCGGUCACGUGCUCAACAUGCUCCAUGACAACGUGAAGGCGUGCGAGGAGGCGUUCGGACGGCUGCAGGACAACCACAUGAUGUCGCCCACGCUCAUCCAGAUCAACCGCACCAGCCCCUGGUCGCCCUGCAGCGCCGCCAUCCUCACCGACUUCCUGGACAGCGGGCACGGGGAAUGCCUGCUGGACCAGCCUCAGAAGCCCCUGGCCCUGCCCAACGGGCUGCCCGGGUCCACCUACGGCCUGGAGCGGCAGUGUGAGCUGGCGUUCGGCGAGGGCUCCAAGCCCUGUCCCUUCAUGCAGCCGCCGUGCGGGCGUCUGUGGUGCACGGGGAAGACCAACGGCCAGCUGGUGUGCCAGACGCGCCACUUCCCCUGGGCCGACGGCACCGGCUGCGGGGACGGACGCGUGUGCAUCAGGGGGGUCUGCUCUGACAAGCAACAGGUCCACACGGUCCGGGUGGACGGUCGCUGGGGAAGGUGGGGCUUGUUUGGGUCGUGCUCACGCACAUGCGGGGGGGGCGUCCAACUGUCAAAGCGAGAUUGCAGCAACCCAAUCCCCUCCAACGGCGGCAAAUACUGCCAAGGGGUACGGGUGAAAUACCGCUCCUGCAACCUAAACCCCUGCCCGGACACAGGUAAGAGCUAUCGCGACGAGCAGUGCGCGGCAUUCAACGGCUUCAGCCUCAACACCAACCGCCGCACGCCGUCCGUGGUGUGGGUGCCGAAAUACUCGGGGGUGUCGCCCAAGGACACGUGCAAGCUCAUCUGCAAGGCCAACGGCACGGGGUACUUCAACGUCCUGUCGCCCAAGGUGGUGGAUGGCACGCCCUGCUCCCCAGACUCUCCAGGAGUGUGUGUCCUGGGUAAGUGCAUCAAGGCCGGCUGUGACGGCAAGCUGGGCUCCUCCAAGAAGUUCAACAAGUGUGGCGUCUGCGGCGGGGACAACAAAAGUUGCAAGAAGGUUUCAGGCCUCUUCACCAAACCCAUUAACGGCUACAACUUCGUGGUGCUGUUGCCCGUGGGCGCGGCCAACG